AAAGACAGCGGAUAACGUAGUUAUUAGCAAGGCGUUUUGGCUAAAAGAUAAGGGAAAAUGGGAGAGAGGACCGGAGGCAGGGGGGGAAUUAGUGUUGAAUUUGGCUGAAAACGAAGGUAUAAUGACACCCAACUGAUCCUUGGGAAACUAGAUAACAACUCAUCAUGAUGCUAUUUCACGCUUCAGCUCCGGUUUUUUUUAACAGAAUCUCAAGGAUUCUUGCAUGUGUCUGUGUCAGCAACAAUAGUGGAAAACAUCUUGCAACUACAGCCACAGGCUUGUUAGCAGCUGCUGUUGUGAUAACCUCAGGUGCCACUGAAGAAGCAGAAACGCUGUCUAAUAUACCCCAGGAACUAUCCGGAGAGUGCGCGGCGGCGAAGGAUUGCACGAAGCCUAGAAUCCAACGACCCAAAUCGAGGAAAGCCGAGUCCUGCACUAUUAAAUGUGUCACCACUUGCAUCAGGGGAGGUGAAGGUUCCCCUGGUGAAGGCCCUUUUAAUGUCAGAAGACCUUUGGUUGUUUUCAAGGAAGGGUUUCGAAGCCGUCGAUAUUGUUUGGUUGAAUGUUCUGAUAUAUGUAAUUUGAUUGGAGAUGGAGAUGAUGGUUUUUGA